UUCAUGUUAUUAAUUAUUUUAAUAACAGUAGAUUAGAGUUUUAAACACAAAUUGGUUAGAUACUGCUUAUGGGGUUAAGCAGCAUUCUGUAAUUGUUUUGGUCAGUCAUUAAUAAACAGAAGUGUUUAUGAAUCCUGGAAUGGGAAUCAUGAAAUGACUAGUUUAAAUUAAUCCAUCAACACAAAUUGAAUAAGUGGACCGAAUAAUAAUUCUAGUGACGAAAUAAAUUAUUUAAUUUAACACAGUACAAUUUAAAAGUGUGGUGUGUAGUAAAAACCCAGAACCCUGUUUGUUAUUUAUAAAACAUUCAAUUUUUAUCAUUGAUACAAUAGAGAUAUUAUUAUUUUCAUGCUGAUAGCUUAUCAAUCACAAUGAAAUACUUGUAUAUCUUGACCAUUUAACCACAAUCAUAAUUCAGUGUUCUGUAAUUUAACAUCUAAAGAAAUGUAAUGCCAUAAUGUUAAGGUUAAAAAUAUAUACAGGAAUUCUUUUCAUUCUAUCAGCUUUUGUGGUAGAAGACAAUGCCAGAACACAAUGCGAUCCCUCUGAUCUGAGUAAUUUCCAAUGUUCAGAGUCGGAACUCUGUGAUAAAUCCACAAGAUCUUGCCAAUGCCCCUCUGGAUUUGAGAGAAAAAACAGCACGUACUGUGUGGAAAAAGUAAUCUCUUCACAAUCCACACCUAAUUAUUCAAGUCUGGUUGAUAAUCAAGGAAGUGGUUCCCUUGUUGCUGGUAUUUUAAUACCUUUAUCUUUAAUAAUAUUUGUGAUAUGUGGAAUAUACGUAAAUAGGAAGUACCAGCUUUUAACAUGGGUUAGGAAUAAGUUUAAUCGAAGGAGUGAAAAUUAUGACGAAUUUAUGAUAGGUCAAGAUUUAGACGAUGACGACCCACCUUUACGAUGUUAAAAUGUGAAAUUAUAGAAAUAUUCAUUAGUGCCAGUAUUUUUUUCAUAAACUUUAUUUUACUAUUUUAUAUUCAUUCCAUGAGAAGACUUGUACCAAGGUUGAUGAUAUUUUUAGGUUUUAAGCUCGGUUUUAAGUAUACAGCAAUUUAUGAGUAGGUUUUUAAACAUUUGAUUUGUUAUUGAUACUAAGUACCUAUGCAUAAAUGUCUUAUUGCUAUGUAUGCCAUAUGUGUGUACAAAUAUACCAAAGGUAAAUUUAUAAUGCAUAAAAAAUAAAAAUCUAAUUUAUUACUUGCA